AAUGGUGUUUCGUUACCAUUGAAAGAGGAAGUUUAGGCUUGACUAUUAUCAUAAUCUAUAAUUUACCUGUGCAUUGUCAACACAUUAUCAUAGUGUAUUGCAAGUAAAAGCGGCUGCAACUGCCUUCAAGCUUCUUAGUGGGAUAACAACAUAUUUGUCAUGGAGAUGGACAAUUUUAUUUUCAUACUAUGGUUAUGUGUUUGCUCAGCGGCAGCAUCCGGUCAUUUUAGUUUUUAUAAGAUGGAAAAGACAGAAAAGCUAGAAGUUCGAGAAUUUGAAAUGGACCGGAAUCCUUUCACAUCAUUUGGGAAGAGGAAGAUCGUCCAACAACGAGGCAAUAUCACAAAUUGUGGUGAUAAAAAAUAUAAAGUUUCCAUCCAAUGGGAGCCAAAGAUUUUAAAUACACAAGGUGUCGCCACUGUAUACUGGGAUCUUGUAGCUCCAUUUGAUUUUGACAGUGGAAAUGCAGAACUCGAUGCGUGGCUCCCUGGAGUACCGGACACCCCAAUAUUGAACAUAGACCAAAAAGGUACAUGUGGGGACUUAAAGAAGUUAAUACCGAGUAUAAUUUGCCCAAUAAAGAAGAAUGAUGAACUAAACAGUCAGUUCACUUUCCGUGAUUUAAGAAGACUCCCAACAGGAAAGUUCGAUAUCGAGUUAAAGUUAACAAACGACAAAAACGAAGUCUUUCUUUGCGGACGAACCAGCAUAGAACUGAUCCCUUGAACAGAUUUACCAAUUCGAAUUUAUUAGACACUAUACUCAUAUCUGUCAAAUUUUCGAGAUAUUGGUAUAUUCAGCUCUGGCGAUUGAGAUUCUUAUUCAGUUUUUAUUUAUUUAUUUUAUUUUUUAUGAGGGAGUUUCGAAAUAGACGACUAUAAAUAUGGAACUGAAUACACCAAUGGUUAGAAACACAGUAAACACUAUACAUGUUGGCAAUUAUUGUUUAUUGUAUGUUAUAAAUAAAACCAGACCGGUUGCAAAUAUUACAUUUAUAUUAGGUUUGUUCAUAACGAGGCAAAUUGUAUGAUGUUCGAUUGAAAUUUAUAAAGCACUAUGAUUUGAUUUACCUGCUAUGUGUAAAGUUUCCAAUAUUUAUUUACAUUUUGCAUUGCAUGUACAGUUCUAAAUGUCAAAAGAAGACUUUCGUUCUAUAAUACUACAAAAUGUUUACAUCUUCUUGUUUUGGCAAGACUUCCAUUUAAAUCCCCCUUUAUAUAUGUCUAUUCUUUUUCCGUUAUAAAGAGAUGUUCACAGGGUUUUGUUAAUCAAAAUUUUGUUUGUGACUUAUUUGGCAAUAUUUAUAAAACCCCAAUAAUCCUUUGUAAAUGAGCAAUUGGUAUCAUGUUGGCAAAAAAUUCAUGUUAAUAUAUAGGUAGAUAGAAUAAUUUAUGUGAAUAGCGUAAAUAUUUACAAGUAAGAAAAGGUAAAUAAAUACUAGACUCUCGCACGCAUAAAGGGAAAAGCCUAUAAUAAUAUAUCGGCUUUUAACAUAGUAAGGGUAAAAUAAUCAUUUUCUCUUAGCAAUAUCGAACAGCGAUGCGAGUAAUCUGUCUAAAGAAGACAAUUUUUUUGUACGUUGAUAUCAGCAAAUUAAAAGGAAAACAAUGUGUGGUAUGCAUCAGCUUUGACUGCUCUUAAUAUUUUUCAUGUGAAGUCUGUGUCAUUUUGUCGCGAAAUCCUACAUUCCGUCGUCGGCGCCAACAUAUAAGUUUCAGUGUUUUAUUUAAUUUUUGGUUAUCAAUAACUUUGUCAAACCUUUAUGGAAUUUUACGAAACAUGGACAGAAGCUUUUUUUUUAUUUAUUUUAUCAAAUGACAACAUAAAAAGCAAAAUUCAGAAAAUAUGAUUAUUGUAUAUAACGUAAAUUAGUGUACAACAUGACUAAUUUCACAUGUGCAUGUCAUAAUCGGGUUUUAAUUUUACUGGGAAAAAACAGUAUUUUCCAAUGAAUCGAUCAUUAAAUAAUAAGACAUUAAAUGUCUGAAACAAAUUUGGAAAUAUUUUUUAUCUUUUUUUUCCGUAUUUUACUGAUAUAUGUUUGCUUUCUUAGUUAACAUACAGUCUGGGAUUUAAUUUUGUAGACAUCAAUACUGUUUAACUUUCAUGGAUGAUAUGAAACUUGGACAGAAGCUUCUUGAAGAUCAAGAAAUAGCAUUUAAAGAAACAAUUAACAAUUCGAAAUUUGGGGACUUUUUCCGUAAUUCACUGAUAAAAUGGACUUACUGUUUGGGUGAACACAACACUUUUACACUUACAGCAGCAAUCACAAUUGUUCUACGAAACCAUUUAAAGUAUGGAAUGUUUUACUUGUGUAUUGUUUUAUAUGAUUAAAGUAUGAGAACCCAC